GUGUCCCAAAUCUAACCACUUCACUAAAUGUCUGCCCCUAAUUUUAACAUAAAGGAUUAAUCAGUUGUGCCUGAUCAUUUUUAAUACACUAGAAUAUCUAAAAUACAUGAAAAAUAUCACAUAUUGCUAUCCUGUUUCUUCUGCCCAAAAAACUAUACGUUUCUACAAUGCUUAGGCGGACAGGGAAGUAAAAUAACAUUUGUUGAACAUUUCCUCUGUGUUAUAUACCAAAUCAGGCACUUUUCUACAUUCUAUUUCUGAAUUAUUACCGUCAACAAUUUUUUGAAGUGAAGGUGUCAAAACACAACAGUGAAAUUGUGUUGAAGCCGAUGAUUUAUGUAAAGUUGAAGUCCUGGCUUUUAAAACUGUUGACAUAUAUAAAAUUUGAAAUAAUAUCUUCCAAAUAAAAUCCAAACAAACCAAGAAAAAGAGCUUAUUAUCAAAAUUAGAGGCUAAAGUUAUUGUAAACUAUUCAAUACAGUAACUCCACUUUGGCUGAUAAACAUGAGUACAUUUUAUAUUUUGUAAGUAUUCAGUGACUUGUUUUUAUUAGCAUUUCUGAGAAUUAUCUUGACACUCCUUUUCAGUAUAAUGAUUAUUGAAGAUAUUUAAAUUUUUUUAAGAUUUAUUUUACUUAUUUGAAAGGCAGAGUUACAGAGAAAAAGUUAGGGAAAGAGAUGAAGAGAGAAAAAGAGAGAUCUUCCAUAUUUUGGUUCACUCUCCAAAGGGCCAGAAUAGCUAGUACUGGGCCAAGUCAAAGCUGGUAGCUUCAUCGGGACUCUCAUGUGGGUAGCAGGGGCACAAGCACUUGUGCUAUAUUCUGCUGCUUUGCUCAGGACAUUAGCAGGGAGCUUGAUCAGAAGUGGAACAUCCAGUACUUGAAACACUGCCCAUAUGGGAUGUCGGCAUCACAGGGGGGUAGUUUUAUUUGCUAUGCCACAAUUGGAGGUAUAUAUAGCCUAUAAAGCUAGGAUGCUAGCACCUAUUUUGCUGAGUGUUAAGAGAUGUGGCUACUUAAGAUAUUGCCUACUGUUCAAUAAAUGACAAUGCCUUUCCGUUUCUUAGUGUGAUUUCCGUCAGGAUAUGGACUUAUUAUAUAUGUGUCAUUAUUACCUCAGCUCAUGGCAAGUAUUGGUACUUACAGUAUAUUUCAAAGAAAAUGAAAUAUCAUUAGUUAAUAACAUAUUUAAUGGGCUUUUGAAAAGUGUCCUUAGAACUUUUAAAAAGAUUUUUACAAUAAUACUAGUCAAAAAUGUCCUUGCAAGAUGUCUGUAAUAAAAAUUAACUUUUUAGGAAUGUAUAUGAAAUACAUUAUAAAUAUUGGAAACUCCAGUUCAGUCACUAUCUUAUAAAUACAGUUCAGUAAUAUUUAUAUUCGAUAGAAAAUAAGCAUGUAUGACCUUAUAUAUUAUGCCAAGGAUGUUUCCUUAUUCAUGUGGGUGAAAGAACGAAAUAUAUAAAUAUCUAAUGAUCUUUCAUUGAAAAUCAUUUUGGUUGCAAGACUGAGCCUCACAAAAUACACUUAUUGAAUUAAAUGGUUUAAGGUAGAAAAAAGAAAAGCAAGUAGGCAAGCUUCCAGCCAAUAUACUUGAUGAACAGAGAUGCAAAAACCUUAACAAAAUACUAGCAUAUUGAAUCCAAUAGCAUAUUAGAAAGAUCAUUCACCAUUACCAAAUGAGAGUCAUCUCAGAUAUGCAAGGAUGGUUCAACAUCUGCAGAUAAACAAAUCUAAUACACCACAUCAUCAAACUGAAGGACAAAAUCAGCAAAGCAUACAGCAAAGGCAUUUGACAAAAUUGAACAUCGAAGAACUCAGACCAAAUCAAUAUAUGAAUAAACAUACUUCAACACAAUAAAAGUCAUGUGUAACAAGCCAACAGCUAACAUUAUUUUUUAAAGAUUUAUUUAUUUAUUUGAAAGUCAGAGUUACACAGAGAGAGAGGAGAGGCAGAGAGAGAGAGAGAGAGAGAGAGAGAGAGAGAGGUCUUCCAUUGCUGGUUCACUCCCCAGUUGGCUGCAAUGGCCGGACCUGUACUGAUCUGAAGCCAGGAACCAGGAGUGUCUUCCCAGUGUCCCUCGUGGGUGCAGGAGCCCAAGGACUUGGGCCAUCUUCUACUGCUUUCCCAGGCCACAGCAGAAAGCUGGAUUGGAAGUGGAGCAGCCGGGUCUCAAACCAGCACCCAUAUGGGAUGCUGGCACUUCAGGGCAGGGCGUUAACCCACUGCGCCACAGUGCUGGCCUCUAACAUCAUAUUGAAUGGGAAAGAGCUGAAGGGUUUUGCUCUAAGAUCUGGAACAAGGAUCCCUGCUUUCACUACUUUUAUUCAGCAUAAUACUGGAAGUCCUGGCUAGAGCAAUUAUGGAACAGUAACAAACUGAAUCCAAAUUGGAAAGGAGGAAGGAAAAUUGUUACUGUUUGCUGAUGACAUCAUUAUAUAUAAUUGAAAACCCCAAAGACUCCACCAAAAAGCUGUUAGAAUAAAUAAAAUCAGCAUUUACUGAAUACAAAAUUAUGUACAAAACUCAAUAGCAUUUUAUACAGAAAUAGUGGAUCAUCUGAAAAAGAAAUCAAGAAAUUAUCUGAAAAAUAAAAUCCCACUUCCAAUAACUACAAAAAAGUGAAACAUCUUAGAAUAAAUUUAACCAAAGGAGUUGAAGGAUCUCUAUAAUGAAAACUAUCAGUUGUUGAUAAAGAAAUUGAAGAGGACAUAAAGUAAUGGAAAGACAGCCUUGUGUUUAUGGAUUUGAAAAUCAGUAGUGAUUUAAAUGUGCAUACUACCAAAUGCAAUUCACAGAUCCAAUGCAACCACUAUCAAAAUUCUAAUUAUAUUAUGUACACAACUGGAGAAAACAAUAUUAAAAUUUCAUGGAACUAAAAAUCGACUGUGAACAGCCAAAGCAAUGUUGAACAAAAAGAACAAAUCAGGUGGCAUUACUCUACUGGACUUUAAAAUAUCUUACAAAUCUAUACUAAUUUAAACAACAUGGUAUAGGCAUUAAUCAUAUCCAUAGACCAAUAGAACACAAUGGAGACUCUAAAAGUAAACAUACCCAUCUAUAGCCAACUGAUAUUUGACAAAGGUGCUAAGAACAUGCAUUGGAAAAGGAUAGCCUUUUUAAAUAAAUGAUGAUGAGAGAAGAGGUAUUCACAUGCAGAAUAAUGGAACUACAACCCUAGUUUCAAUGUGAGACCUGAAAUUUGAAAUUAUUAAGGAGAAACACUUCAGGACAUUGUAAUUGGCAAGGAUUUUAUGGAUCAGUUGCCAAAAAGCACAGGAAGUAAAAGCAAAAAUGGAAAAAUGGGACUUCGUCAAAUUGAAGAGUUUUUGCACAGCAAAGGAAACAAUCAAAAAAAGUAAAGAGACAAUCUACAGAAUGGAAGAAAGAGUUUAAUAUCCAAAAUAUAUAAAGAAUGCAACUCAAUAGGAACACAAAACAAAACACACCCAAAAAUGUAGUGCAAUUUAAAAAUGGGUAGUAUAUUGGUGAACCAGUGAAUGGAAGAUCUCUCUCUGUCUCUUCCUCUCUCUCUGGGUGUCACUUCACCUUUCAAAUAAAUAAAUAAAGGAAUAUUUUAAAAAGAUCAUAUAUAUUUAUAUACCUCAUUGGUAUAUAAAGAAAAUAUGAUACACCCACACACAAUGGUGUACUACUCAGCCACAAAGCAUGAAAUCUUGUUAAUUGCAAUAAGAUGGAUGGAACCAGAAGUCACUAUGUUAAGUGAAAAACCCAAGCACAGAAAAACAAAUAUCACUUGAUAUCACUCACACAUAGAGUCUUAAAAAAAUAGGGGAUCUCAUAGAAGUUCAAAUAUAAUGGUGGUUACCAGAGGUUGGGGAGGGAAGUGAGGAGAGAGGGAUGUUGCCAGUUAGGAAUAAGAAGUUUUGGAGUUCUAUUGGAUAGUAGAGUAACUAUGGAUAAUAUUAAUGCACCACAUAUUUCUUUCUAAAAAAUUAAAAGAUGAUAUUUUGGAUAUUUUCAUUAUAAAGAAAUAUCAAAUUAUUGAAAGGAUAAAUGUUUUUAAUCCUAAUUUGGCCUUACACUAUAUAUGUGCCUACGUAUAUAUAUGUAUGUGUGUGUGUGUGUGUGUGUGCCAGCCCCUGAAAUGGAGCUUUUCUCUUUUCUAAUCCAGUUAUCCAGCUACACCAUAAGUUGCCUUUUCUAUCUGGGAGAUUUGUUGAUUUGGUACAUGACUGACUGAGGUCCUAUGCAUAGUGUGGAGUUGAAAUGCAUUCAACAUGCCCAGGGAUUCUAUUAUGCUCAACAUUUUGUGGCUAAAAAUAUUUGAAAAUUAAUAAGAAAUAAAACAUAAUCCCCAGUAUCUUAUGAUAUCUAGUAACACAAGCUCUGGAAAAGCAGCUAUAUUAUAAAAUUAUAAGAAAGUAUUAGAAGAAUUAAAUAAUCAAUAUGUGAGUUAAGUCUUGGCCAAUGAUGGGGUAAUGGAAAUUUUAGUCAUUUUUCAUUCAUUCAUUCUUCCAUCUAAUGAGUAUUUAUUGAGCACCUACUUUUUGCCAAUCACAUAUCAAGUAUUGUAGCAGUAAACAAGUAGACUCUGGGUAGGUUAAGUAAUAAAACUUGGGGCCGACGUGGAGGUGCACUAGGUUAAUCCUCCUGCAGCACUGGCAUCCCAUGUGGGCGCUGGUUCUAGUCCCGGUUGCUCCUCUUCCAGUCCAGCUCUCUGCUGUGGCUUGGGAAGGCAGUGGAGGAUGGCCCAGGUGUUUGGGCCCCUGCACCUGCAUGGGAGACUAGGAGAAAGCACCUGGCUCCUGGCUUUGGAUCGGUGUACCUCCAGAUGUUAGUGGCCAUUUGGGGGGUAAACCAAUGGAAGGAAGACCUUUCUCUCUGUCUCUCUCUCUCUGGUUGUCUUUAACUCUAACUGUCAAAUAAAUAAAUAAAUAAAAACUUUAAAAACUAAUAAAACUUAAACGUUAGGGGAAAUGGAAUUUAUUGGAAGGAUAGCAUGUCUCACACAAAGUUAAGGGAAGAACCAAACCAGUUUGGGGUACAUGAACAGCCUGACUCAUAAAAUGUCUCUAUAACCAGAUUAAAUUAUCCUUCCUAACCCCAAUCCGUUAUCCCAGUCUGUAUUUUAAUUCACAGUUUCAUAUACCUGAGAGAAAAAAACUGAUUUACCCAGCUGUGUCAGGAACUCUGCCCUGGAGCAAGUUAUUAUGCCAGUAGAAGGUUCACAUUUCACAAGCAACAGACAUGGCCAUUACAGGACAAACUACCUCUAGUUUCAAGUUAGCUCCAAAGAAGGAACGAAGAAUCCUUGUUCAUUGGGCAUCCCUUCAUUCCCAAGUGGUAUCUACCAAAAGCUGAUAUCAAUGGGAAUGAAAUUAAGGGAAUGUGUUCCUUUUCCUAGCUUUUUCCUAUUACAACAACUUUUUGGCAUUAAUGAGCUGGCUAAGGAAAUUGUCCGAGAAUUUCUGAGAAAUAAGGCUUUGUAAACCAUUAAUCUACCUCCUUAUCACCCAGAUGAGGAAUAUGGGACUCUUGUGUGCAAUUUUGAAGAUAGUAAGACACCAAAUAAGUGACAUUGCUGAACAUGCAGGAAUCAUCUAACCUCUCAUCUUGGGUGUCUUUUGUUUUCCUAUGGUCCAAAGUACUUAACACGAUAUUGAGAACGUUAACCAUGGUAUGCUUCAAACCUCUGUAUGGUACUGUCAUUAGGCAUAGGUAGCAACCUAGCAAGAGCUGUAUGACAUUCAUGACCAAAAGUUCACAGACUUGGAUUGAGUAACUUCUAUGAACAACAAGCAGAUAGCUGAGGUUAAGACACAUAUGGACAGCUCAAGACAGCGCUGGAAAAAAGGCUUAUCCUACUGAAUUUUCUGAGUAAAUAUCUCUGUCUUUCUAUUAGUGAAGAGAAAUAACUGUUUCUUAUGACCUUAAAUCAAAUUCAUAGUUUACAUAAUUGUUCAAACCACUCUUUCUUGCUAUUUGUAAGCGAUGUCCUUCAUUUCAAUCUUUUCUUCAUUUUUAACUAAUUAUCGACCAGUAAACUGGGCAUCUGUUCUUCCAAUAUCAUGAUUGACUAUAAAUUUCAUUUAAGAAAUACAGUACAGUAGGUAAAUGUGUGUCUCUGGAGCUACCUGAGUAGAAAUUCAAGCUACUUCAUUUCUUAGGGACAUGAUUUUAGACAAGUCAUUCCAUUUCAUGGGCUUCUGUUCUGGAAAACGAGUAUACUUAUAGCACCUACUUCAUAGGAAGGUUGUGUUAGCAGAUGAGUUAAUAUAUAGUUGAGGAUAUGAAAGAUUAUAUAUAUAUAUACACACACACACACAUACAUACAUACACACAUAGUAUGACUCCAAAGCAAGAAACACAUUGAGAGACAAAAAUCUAAUUCAAAUAAUCCUCACCCUCAAAACUAUGCUGCUUAGCACUGAGUUGACAAAACUAAGAAAAAUUAUCAACUGUAAGCCCUAAAAGCCAACCUAAAAGGACACUGUCUCUAGGUUGUUGCUCCAACCAUAUUACCAACUUUUCCCAGAGGAAAGGUAUUUAGACCUUUCUAAAGGCAAGUAGUUCAUAACAAGCGUGUAUAUUCUUGUUACCUUCUUUUUUGGAAUGAUUGUCAUUUAAAAACAGAUAUUCAGGGCAAGAAUUUGGCACAGUGGCUAAGAUGCCACUUGGGAUGCCUAUAUCCUGUAUUAGAACCACUGGGUUUGAGUUCAGGUUCUACUUCUGAUUCAACUUCUUGCUAAUGUGUACCCUGAGAAUCCACAGGUGAUGAGACUAGGAAAGAGUUCUGAGCUCCUGGUUUUGACCUAGCCCUGUCAUGGGUAUUUGGCAAGUGAAUCUGUGGAUGGAAGGUCUCUCUCUCUCGCUCUCUCUCUCUUUCUCUUUCUCUCUGCCUUUCAAAUAGAUAAAUAAAAUAAAUUUCAAGAAAAAAAUAUAUAUCUCACCCAUAUAGAUCCCUGAAGACUUUGCCUUCAAUUGUUCUCUCAACAAAUAUUAGGUUCCUAUUUACAGACAGCCACUGUUCAGUACUCUGAGGAUAGAGGAGUGAAUAGAUGAAGUCCCUGAUAAUACUGAGCCUAUAUUCUAGUGGAAGAUACUUUAUCCCCAAAACAAACAUAAAUAUAAUAUUCUUUUAAAUUGUAAUCAAUGCUCUCAUAAACAUAAAAUAGGAUGAAAUCAUAAAGGGUGCCUGGCCCAUGGGAAUUACUUUAAUUUGGGGGGUCAUGGAAAGUUUCCCUGAGAUCUGUAGGAUUUUGAAGCCUACUGUGGCUUGAAACAGAAACAGGGAAAAGGAAGUACAAAGGCCCUGAGGUGAGACAGACCUUUAGCACAUUGAAAUUGUAAGGAAGCCACUAUGGUUACAGCAGUGUGAACAAGGUGUUUACAAAUCAAGAUAAAGAUGUGGGGAGACAGCUGCAUCUGUAGGGCCUUUAAGUAAUAGAAGAAUCUGGCUUUUCAAUGAUUAAAAGCUUUUAAACACAAGUGUGACCUGUUUUGAUCUGCCCUUUAAAAAGACUAUACACCAGCUAGAGAAUGAUUUUUUUCUUUUAAGAUUUUAUUUAUUUUUAUUUGAGAGGUAGAGUUACAGACAGUGAGAGGGAGAGACAGAGAGAAAGGUCUUCCUUCCGUUGGUUCACUCCCAAAAUGGCUGCUAACGGCUGGAGCUGUGCCGAUCCAAAGCCAGGAGCUAAGUGCCUACUCCCGGUCUCCCAUGUGGGUGCAGGGGCCCAAGGACUUGGGCCAUCCUCUACUGCUUUCCUAGGUCAUAACAGAGAGCUGGAUGGGAAGAGGAGCAGCCGGGACUCGAACUGGAGUCCAUAUGUGAUGCCAGUGCUGCAGGCGGAGAAUUAACCCACUACACCAUGGCGCCAGCCCUAGAGAAUGAAAUUUAAAGCUGGGGAGCAGGUGUGCAAAAAAGGAGACCAGUGGGGAGGCUCUCCUAGUAAUCCAGUUGAGAGAAGGUAGUUAGGGGGGGCAGGGUAGGGAUAGUAGUAGUAGAAAUGGUGGAAAGUGGUCAGAUUCUGGAUGGUUUUAAAUGAAGGCAAUGGGAUUUCCUGAAGAAUUGAAGUGACUUGAGAAAGACGAGGGGUCAAGGAUGGCUCCAAGAUUUUUUGGCCUGAACAACUAGUUGUUGUCAUUAACGGGAAUGGAGAUUGACAUUCAACAUGAUUUCUGAUGGGUCAUGUUGGAGUCCUACCUGGAAAACAGGACCUCAGGGAUAACUUUCUGUUAUCCAGCUUCCUAUUUAUGGAGUGGAGCAGUGGUAUGAGACUGCUGUUCAGGAUGAAUUAGAGGCAUCAAGCACAUUUGGAGGACUCUCCCUCUUUCACCCCACAUUCUUGUCAGAAAUUUGGAGAUUCACACAGAGGAGGAGACUGAGCACCCAUUCCAGGCAGAACACAGAAGCCUCAGCCAGGCUUGUUGCACCCACUUCCGUCCAGAAACUGCAUGGGAGUGGGUGGCUCCAAAGAGGGCGCUGCAGGAACUUUCUAGGCGAUACUAGGGAACUACUUUUAGCAGAAACAAAGUAAAAAGAGAUGGCGCGGGGUGUGGUGAGGUCUGGCUGGGCCGGAAGGAGUUUGGGUGGAGCCUGGUUUGCAGUCCGAGGGAGUGAGGACCCCGAGUUCACCAGCUCAAUCCGGCCCCGCCCCGUCGGCCAGGGGGCUGCGAGGAGAGGAUGCCUACGGAAGCGCAGAGUCCAAAAGUCCUUGAAGUCCAGUGACAAAUUGAUGAGACCUUUCUACACUUUGAUAUAUGGAUCAACUCAUAAACAAUUUGGAAGUCCAGCUUAAUUCAGAAGGUGGUUCAAUGCAGGUUUUCAAACAGGUCACUAACCCUGUUCAGAUCAAAGAUCCCCCUCAGACACCUGACAGAGUUAAUAUGACAUCUUCACAACUCCUAGAUGCCAACCCCAUGGAGAAUCCAGUCCUGUUUAAUGACAUCAAGAUUGAGCCCCCAGAAGAACUUUUGGCUAAUGAUUUCAACCUGCCCCAGGUGGAACCAGUUGACCUCUCCUUUCAUAAGCCCAAGGCUCCUCUUCAGCCUGCCAGCAUGUUGCAAGCUCCAAUACGUCCUCCCAAGCCACAGUCUGCUCCCCAGCCCCUUGUGGUGUCCACAUCAACAUCUGACACAAGCACUUCGGCCAACAUCCCUACUGUUUUGACUCAAGGCUCUAUCCUGGCCUCCUCUCAGGCCACUGGUGGCCAGCAGAUCUUGCAUGUGAUUCACACCAUCCCUUCAGUCACUCUGCCAAAUAAGAUGGGUGGCCUGAAGACUAUCCCAGUGGUGGUACAGUCUCUGCCCAUGGUAUAUACUACUUUGCCUGCAGAUGGGGGCCCUGCAGCCAUUACAGUACCACUUAUAGGAGGAGAUGGCAAAAAUGCUGGAUCAGUGAAAGUCGAUCCCACCUCCAUGUCUCCACUGGAGAUUCCGAGUGACAGUGAGGAGAGUGCAAUUGAAAGUGGAUCCUCAGCCUUACAGAGUCUACAGGGACUGCAACAGGAACCAGCUGCAAUGACCCAAAUGCAGGGAGAGGAGUCACUUGAUUUGAAGAGAAGACGAAUUCAUCAGUGUGACUUUGCAGGAUGCAGCAAAGUGUACACUAAAAGCUCUCACCUGAAAGCUCACCGCAGAAUUCAUACAGGAGAAAAGCCUUAUAAAUGCACCUGGGAUGGCUGCUCCUGGAAAUUUGCUCGUUCAGAUGAGCUCACCCGCCAUUUCCGCAAGCACACAGGCAUCAAGCCUUUCCGGUGCACAGACUGCAACCGCAGUUUUUCUCGCUCUGACCACCUGUCCCUGCACCGCCGGCGCCACGACACAAUGUGAGAGUCACAAGCUGCACUAGAGGAACUGCACUGAUCUCUUUCCUGUAUUUGUGCUGAGAUCAAGACCAUUUUUUUCCCUCUGACUUCAACCUGCCUCUUGGAUGGGGUUUGAACAGCUCCUUGAGACAGGUUGAGAAGACUGGAGGAAAAGAUAGCUAUUCUCUCAUGGGCCUCUUCAUAUUCCACCUUUACCUCUCCAUUGUCCAGACCCCAGUUUUUUCAACCUCCACAUGGGUUGAAUUCCAGAGCGGCACCCAUGGCUGCCCCCUUCCCUUUGCUCUGAAAUAAGACAUUUUCCUACGAUAACUAAACAGGAAUCAAACUUAAGGCUGUGAACAAACAUACGCUGCUUUCCCCUCCUAUUUUUUCUCCUUGUUUUCUAGAACUCUUAUCCAUACAUAUAUUUUUUUAGUCAAUACUUAAGGGUAAUUGGUAGUGUCCUAAAAUGACUUUUUCCCCAAAUUCCUAGAUAGAAGGGGCAAAACAAUGUAGUUGAUUGCUAAGAUUUAUAAGGAUUUGGGGCCUGAGUAUGGGGCACAUUCUCAGUGUAUAAGCUGAGUCCCAUAUCAAACUCAAAUGUUUUGUAAAUCCAAUCUUGUUUCUUCUGGCAGUUUGAUUUUCAGACAGUGCUGGUGCUUCUGCUUCAUUCAAAGGGAAUGAAAAGAUUAUCCUGUCCUUUUCUCUUCUCUUCCUCUUCUUUCUCCUUCAGGAUUAAGGAUUCUGCUGCACAAUUGCAUUCUUUGUUAAGUUAAAUUGGGCAAAUAUUCAAAGCACACAUAGACCUGUCAGUGGGGAGCAAAGUGUUCCAGAAGAGUAUAUCAGGCAGUGACAAGAACAAAUAGACUUGGGACAAUCCUAAAACAUAUCGAGUGAACUUUCAUUUGGAUAAGACAUCAAAAGUGCUGUUAAUUAUAAACCUCAUUCAAACGGUAUCCUAUUGAAGCAGUGUCUUAAGGGGUUGCACUGUACUGUUUAUUCUUUUGUUUACAUAAGCAACUGUUGAGUGUAUUGCAUGAUGAGAAAUUUUACACUGGGGCCAUAUUAUACAGAGGGGAGAGAUUGGAAGACAGAAAUUUUUCUUCACUCUAUGGCAUUACUGAUAAUCAUUCCUAUGUUUUAAAUGGAAUAUGGCUUUUUGUGAAAACUGACAUCCAAAAAAAAUAAUUUGAUGUUUUGUAAUUGCUAUGAAGAACUAAGCCAUUUCUUUUGUGCAUUAUUACAGAUAUGUACACAUAUUUUAUCACCCAGUCAGACUGUUUAAGAAUAUGCUCUGGGUCAUAAAACCCUCUUUUUCUGGCCUUGGACUUCAAAUCUACCUCCACACUGCAUAUUUCCUCUUCUGGGUUGGAGGAGGGAGCUUUGCAUCACUUGGAUUUGGAUUCAUCCUCUCUCCUAACAGUUAUCUUCAUAUUGAACCCUUUUCCCUUGGUAGAUACUCAACCAGUCCCUGCUUGAAAACUUUAGGUCACUACCUCCUGAGGCUCUCUACACUGACUAAUUCAUAGAACUCUAGCACCAAGAAGGGAUCCUGUUAGCUGAUAGUCUACCCAUUCCUCAUAUGUUACAGGUGAAACAAAUACGGGUCAGAUUCUCCCUUCAGAUAUUUCCUUAAGGCCUUAUACAUCUGCAUACUCAUUCUUCCAGAGGUCACAUUAUUAAACCAAAUUAAAGAAAAUUUAUGUUAUUGGUUAUGAUAGUUGUCCAAUUUUGUAUGUUACACUUCAGAAAACUUUAGAUGACUCAAAAAUCAUUAAUAGUUGAUUAAAUAGUAAGUAAGUGAAAUGUGAUUGUGAUCAUUGCCAUAUAACAUCAGGCAUAUGGUUCUUCUAUUCUAACACUUCUAUAAUAUCUGUUUUAUUUAUCAUCCCUUCAAUUUACAGUGUCUUUCCAGAUCCUUGUUGCUCCAUAAAUUUAAGAAGUAUCUGUAUUUUCAAAACAACAUGUGAGUUUUUACUACUAUCAUUGUUAUUUUGAUAUGAGCCUAUUCCUGACAUUUGGUGCGUGAGUUCUAAACUAUAUAAUGAUUACUAAAGCACUGGGAAUUAUUUAGGCCAGUCUAUUAAAGAGGGACCUCUGUAUAGCUGCAAGACAUAUUAAUAAAGGUGAAUUUCUAUCAUAUGUAAAUUUAAGCUUAUAAUUAAGUAGUUGGUACAGUGUUUCACAGUAGAGCCCAAGGGCUUACCUAUUUUUCUCCACAGUUUGGAUCCCAUGACCUCUUGUCCAGAGUUCAGAACUUAUUUGUGCCUGUUAGACUGCAGGAUCUUUUGCGUUGAGACAUAUCAUCUAUUUAUAAAUACUGUCAAAAAUACUUGUACUAAUUGGGAUGAUCAAAUUAUGAUCUCAAACAUUGGUGUUCCUGAUAUCCCUGCAUCUUUAUUAAAAGAAUUUUAUAUAAGGGAAUGAAAGAAUUUUAAAUAGUUUGUUAAUUGUCCAUACUCAAGAAUCAAUUUUAACCUGGUUCUCAAAUAAUAAAAUCUUUCAAUUACUUAUCUAUGCUUUAAGAAGUGUUCUAAGAUUCAUUAAAGGAAUUUCAUAAACAUAUAGGGAUUCAAAAACAAUACAGUACAAAGUUAAUUCACCAAAAGCACAUAAAACUUUCCUAAAUGACAAUUAAGAGGAAAGUAACAAAAAUGUGUCUCUCCUGGACAAUAUUUAGGGUUUGAGUUUGCUUUGUUUAUGCUUGCAGAAAACUGUUAGCAUGGACAGUUGCCUAUGACAUGAAUGGUUUUGUUUGGUAGGAUUGGAUAAGAUCAUUGGAUUUGUUGCAGUGGAAUUCCUCCAUCUGUAGAUGAUUUGCAGUUGAGCAUAACUUGAUAAUUAUGAUGUAUGCUCUAAGAAAAACUAUGAAUAAUGUGAAUCAUUUGGGCAAAUUAGGUGGAGUUCAUUAUGGAAAAAACAGAAAGAUUUGUGAUAGUGACUUCUUUUUUAAUAAACUUUUCAUUGUGGAGUAGUUUCGCAUUUAUAGAAAAAAUGCAAUGAUAGUGUAGAGUCCCCAUGUACCUCACAUCUGGUUUCCUCUCAUUUUUACCACUACUGUGGUACAUUUGUUACAAUUAAUGAAGCAAUAACGAUACAUUAAUACUAACUGAAGUCCAUAGCUUGUUCAAAUUUUUUUUAGUUUUACUUUAUAUAUAUUUUUUUUGUUCCAACAUCCCAUUCUGAAUACUGCAUUUACAUAUAUUGGUCAUAUCUCCUUAGGUUCCUCUUGGUUAUGACAGUUUCUCAGGCUUUCCUUAUUUUCAAUUACCUUGACAGCCUUGAGUAAUAUGUCUCUCAGUUGAGAUUUAUCUGAUGUUUUUUCUAUGAUAGACUGGGGUUAUGGGUUUUUAGGAGGAAGACCACAGAGGUGAGGUGCCAUUUUCAUGACUUAUCACUUAUUUAGAUGACUUAUCACUCUUGAUGUUAACCUUGAUCACCUGGUUGAGAUAGUUUUUAUCAGGUUUUUCUCUUAUAUUCUUUUUCCUCUUUUUAAUACUGUACUCUUAGGAAGGAAGUCACUAUGUACAGCUCAUGCUCAAGAGGUGGUGAGUUAUGUACCACAUUCAUGAGAGCAAGUAUCUACAUGAAUUAUUUGAAAUUAUUCUGCCUGCACAGGAGAAUUUUCACUCUCUCUAUUUAUUUAAGCAGUCAUUUAUAUCAGCAUGGACUCAUGGAUAUUUAUUUUAUACUUUGUGCUACAACCCAAUACUAUUUUAUUUAUUUGAUUUUUCAAAUUGUUCCAGCUUUGGCCAUACAGAACUCUUUUGCAUUGACUGUCAAGUCAUUUUGAUAUACCCCAUUUAUUAUUUUAAGCAUGUCUUUACUUUUUGGCACUGCAAGGUGUUCCAGGCUCAUCCUAUACACUUUUUGGUUCAUUCCUAUAAUCAGCCAUUUCUCCGAGGAGUCCUGGUUCCAUGUAUUAGAGAAUGGUAUUAGAAACUGAAAUCUGGGAAUGUUGUAUGCUUGCUGCUACUGGGGUAUAGUUUCUUCUAGGCCUUCUCAGCUGACAGAGAAAGAAAAUAUAUGUGUAUAUAGUAACCUACGCAUAUACACGUAUCUUUAGAUAUUCCUACAUGUAAUAAUCCAUAUCUUUAGCUAAACAUGAGUUCAUGUUGAUGUAUUGCACUCUUAAAUCAUUACUGGAUGACUUAUUGUAGCAUUUUCCUCUUAUCUGUAGCCUCUCUCUCCAAUAGUGACGAACCUGGGCCCCACCCUCUGCCAUCUAUUAAUUUAAUUGUUCAAUUCCAGUAUAUACAUAUAUUGCAGCAUCUAAAUUGUUAAUCUGUACACUCAUAGGGAGAAACUUUAUCAACUAGAACACAGUGCUUAUGUACAUGAUAGUAAUUUUUUAAAAUUCUUACAGAUCUUUGAAACAAAAUGUUUUUCAAAAUUCUAGAAUUGGAGAUUUGUGUUAUUUGGGAGUCUGUUCUACCCCCCAGAUGUUCUCAGACUAACUAAACCUUUGGAAUUGACCUAACCUUUCAGUUUAAGGGAACUUAUUGAUACUCUACAGUAUGCUGUUCCCUAGAGGAAUGGACACAGAGGAAACCAGGUGGGUCCAAUUUAAAGAAAUACUUAGCACUAUCUUUUCUCACUGCUAAAUAUGGUUCUCUGACAAUAGGACUGCUACUCUGAGUUACUUCUCUCCUGCAUUUCCCCUCACUCUUUUACUUAGUUGACCUUAGGCAAGUCACAUCACCUCUCUGUGCCUCAGUUAACCCAUCUGCCAAAUGGGGAUCCAAAUAUCUACCUCACAGGAAUGUUGUGAGGCUUCUUGUUCAUGGAUGUUGGCAAAAGUGAUAAGAGAUCUUUAAAUGAACAACAAAGUAUUAUAUCCAUUACUAUGAUGAAAAUUAUACUAACCUAUAUUUACCAUAUGAAAAUUAGGGAAUUAGGCUUCCUAGAUGAUAAAGAGUUAAACUUGAGUCAGUCAGAGGGGUAAUUGAAAGUGGCCACUGGAAGCAAUAGUAUUUCUUAUGCUCACUUUCUUUACAUUCUCUCUGUUACUAACUAUAAGAUUAUCACGUAUUUCCAGACUCAAAACAUUGUUAGGAUCUAAAGAAUGGGUGGGCAAAAUCCAUUGCUUCAAAAGCUAUAAUUUACCCAUUUCUCACUCUGCCAGGACCACAUUACAUGUCACCCUAUCAGAAGCACAAAGGCAAUUUCCCAAAGCCAUUCAGGCUUUGGCAAGUUCAGUUUCACCAGUUACAUUUUCUCUUUCCUUACUGUACUCUGAAAGUAUAGGUAGGGGAGAAGUGGGGCAGGGUGGCUGGGGUGAUAGUGUGCUGGAAGUGGAUGGAAUUCAUACCAGUGGCAGGAAUUUUCUUUGUUUUACAAACACUGGUUUCACUUUCCACUUCCUUUUCUGGUUGUGGGGGACAGAAGAAGAGAUGCUAUUUUGCUAAUUGUUAAGAAGCUCUCCUUCCCUUCCAGUAUAUGUUUCCUAGGGUCAGUUAUGUUGGACAUUACUUUAUAACUAUGUUAUACGCAGUGCUGUUUUGAUUGUAUUCCUGAAUAAAAAGGGAAAAAAUCC